UUUCUCCUUAUCAUGACCGCUUUAGAUUUCAUUCCAAACAAUCGUUUACGAGUGUAUAGUGUCGCUGCGCGUGCUGGUGUUCGAGUUCGGCUGGCUGUGCUUUUGCGCUGUGCAUGGCUUCUGUUGGCAUGCUUCAAUGUUUUCGGCAAACUCGACGGGAACGUGGACGUUUUUCGCGUCGACACGGACGAGAAUGAGCCGAUCGAAUUGUUGCAAUCGCGACGUUGGCAAGCGUCAAGUCAAGCAAUUCAAGCAAGGCUCGUCUCAUCGAAAACCUUUGCAUUCACGACCUCUAGCUCUAGCCUAUAGCUACUACUAUCUACAAUACACCCAUAGCAUCCCUGAACAAGAAGGGCAUCAAGUAUAGCGUAAAGAAGUCCCGCAAUACACGAAAUAGAGCAGAGCUAUAAUGUCAAUAUCGACCGUGAAUGCCGAUGGUUUGCUGUUCGAUAUGGAUGGGACUCUGCUUGACAGCACACCGGGAGUCUUGGUCACUUGGGAAGUCUAUGCUAAGGAGCACGAUCUCGAUCUCGUCGAGGUCUUGAAAACUAGCCAUGGUGUGCGGACAGAGGACAACCUCAAGAACUUUUGCAAGAUAAAAGACGAGGACUUGAAGACCGAGAUCGCCCGAUUUGAGAACAUGAUCUUGAAUGAAGGUGCUCGUCUGAAGAAGGAGGGAAAACAGGGGUUGGAGAUUCUCCCCGGUGUGAAGACAUUGUUGGGUUCGAUUCCCCAGGAAAACUGGACGAUUGUUACCUCUGCCACUAUUCACUACGCCGAGCCCGCCUUGGAGCUCGCCGAAGUGCCAAAGCCGCCUCACAUCGUUACGGCCGGAGACGUCAAGAAGGGGAAACCGCAUCCGGAACCUUACCUGACCGGUGCCGAGAAAAUCUCGAAGGACAUUAAGAAAUGCAUCGUCUUCGAAGACGCCCCCAGCGGUAUCCGAUCGGGUGUCGCUUCCGGCGCCAGGGUCUUGGCCGUUUGCACUUCGCAUACUCGGGAACAGGUACAAGGAUACGGAGCAACUUGGGUCGUAGAUGACCUGACCAAGGUCAAAGCCCGAGUAGUAGACGGGUCGCUGGAGUUGGAGAUCGAUGAAUCGCCCAAAUAGAGGACGUCGAUUCCGACCCCGUAUGCAUGGUCGCAGCCAUGCACAGAGCCGUAUGGAUCAAACCCGUCUCACCAAGGGAAUCCUCUGGGAUAACCUGCAUGCAUGUCGUCCGUUUCACGUAUACUGUUAAGAGGGGGUCUAUAAUAUCGAUACAUUCACGGCUUGCGUCCGAUCCACGUCUCAUUGCUACUCCUCGAAAUUCCCGGUGCAUCCCGAUCACCCGCCCUGAUCAGAUCUGCCCUUUCCGCUUCAUCGCCUCACCUCG